AUGAAGGAAAGGCAGACUGUAUCUCAACAAGAGUGCGACAAAUCUUUCAAGAGUUUCAAUAAGAAGAAGUCAGAGAUCAAACGUCAACUAACGAUGUUGAAAGAGGAAGAAGAAAAGCUGAUUCGCAAAUCGAAAUCGGAGAUCGAAAACAUCAAAAAAGAAAUCCAAGAUCAAAUCGUGAUUUACAGGCAGCGAUGGCAGCAAAUGGAAGAAGAUCAUAAGAAGCUGGAGGCAGACCUAGAGAAAACUCUAGCCGAAAAACAGAAGCUUGUUCACAUCAUCACCACCAAGAUGCAACAAAUCCGUGCUUGA